AUGGCUGAUAGAUUUGACGAAGUUCUACCACCACCGACCUACGACAAUGGUCCUAUGAUGUCAUCCCUGGGUCAGCCUCCACCAAAAUUAACUACACUUGGACUGCCUCAGGAGGAUAUCGACUCGAUGUUCGCUCCACAACUCGUCAACAUGACCAACGCUGGUCCACUUCCGGCUGCGAGCGGAUACGGACAGACGAUUUCCACGACUUCUUCAUUGUAUCAGUUUCCUCCAGUGAGCGGAGUGCCAUCAUUGUCAGGUAUGGGAAAUCAGUUAAACGAUCCAUCACGUGACAAAGAAGCUUUAUACGGACAUCCUUUGUUUCCUCUGUUAGCAAUUAUAUUUGAAAAGUGUGAACUUGCUACUUGUGCGCGAAAAGUUUCGGGUGAUCCUAUAUGUUCUUCUGAAUCUUUUAAUGAAGAUCUCCUCAUGUUUAGUAAACAGUUUGCUGAAAGAAACGAAGGUUCUAUAUUUACACAAAAUCAGGAAAUAGACAAUAUAAUGGUGCAAGCUAUUCAAAACUUUAGAUUUCAUUUGCUAGAAUUGGAAAAAGUUCAUGAACUCUGUGAUAACUUUUGUGAGAGAUACAUAACUUGUUUAAAGGGCAAAAUGCCAAAUGACCUUAAUGUUGAUGCUCAAGGAGAUGACGACGAUGCUUCUUCUAAACUUUCAAAUAGUAAUUUUGAUCCUACAGAUGACACCGACAGCGGCUCAGACCAUAGACCCUCAUCCACUGGUUCAAUACAGCUCACGGAACUUGAUGAUGCGGCAUCACUUCAUUCCAACGGGGCAAUGGUAUCAAGUCAAACGCCUGCAGCGGUAGCAGAAGCGCCAGUUAAGAAGGAAUCAAAGACUACAAAGACCAAAGGUAUCAAGAGAGAAAGGGAACCAGACGCUGAUGACAGCAGUCGAGGGUCUGAGGGGAGCACGCUGGAGGAAGGUGAAGGAACCAGUAAACCCGCUGGUAAGGGAACUAAACGCCAAAAGAAACGUGGUAUAUUUUCUAAAACUGCUACAAAUAUUCUUCGUGCUUGGUUAUUUCAACACCUUCAGCAUCCCUAUCCAUCGGAGGAACAAAAGAAACAACUAGGUGCAGAAACUGGACUUACGAUUCUGCAAGUGAAUAACUGGUUUAUCAAUGCAAGAAGACGUAUUGUCCAGCCAAUGAUUGACCAGACAAACAGAAGUGGCCCAGGAUCUCAUCCUCAUCCAAGUUUCUACCCUGAUCCAGCAUCACAAAUAGACAAUCAUAGCAUGCCACAAUUAGGCGGACAUAGAUUAUCUGGACAAAUUUCCGGAAGUGCACCGGUAACUAUGGGAAGUUCUAUUCAAACCGGAUACGGUACGUUACAUAACGGGGUUUCACACAUGCCUGGAAAUUUUACGAGCAGUUUAAGCCACAGCGACCCUUACAAUGAUCCGAUGAAGCCCGCUUACCCUACACCAACAUACAUGGAUUCAUCGCUCUCUCGUUAUAACAUGAUAAGUUCCAUGCCAUGUUACACCGGAAGUGAAAUGUAUCCACCACCAGGUCUUGGAAAUUCAUAUUACAACCUUCCACCAACAGAACUGUAA